ACACCGGGAAGGUCGACGGAGCGCUGCUAGCCGACAAACAUGAUGUCCAUUGCUGCCCGUUCGGGGACUUUUUCCCCGUACCUGCAAGCUACAAAUUAUGCCGUGGCAGGUCCACUAAAGCCUCUCAUAGCCGGCGUCGUCGUGAAGAGUGAUAAUCUGUUGGUGGACACGAAGAAACCGUUCCUGUGCCGGGAGUCCUUGUCCGGUCAGAGCGCGAAGAGCGGCCUCGCCGUGUCCUCCAGCCUGAACGCUCGCUCUUCAGUACGCUUCGCUCACACAGACAUCAAGAUCCCUGAUUUCUCUGACUACCGCCGGCCAGAAGUUUUGAACCCAAAUAAGCAGUCGCAAGAGAGUGGUGAUGCCCGGCGGGCCUUCUCCUAUCUGAUGACGGGGUCUACCCUUGUGGUUGGAGUCUAUACAGCCAAGACAGUCGUUACACAGUUUGUGUCCUCUAUGAGUGCCUCAGCUGACGUUUUGGCUUUGUCCAAGAUUGAAAUCAAGCUGGCAGACAUCCCUGAGGGUAAGAACAUGACCUUCAAAUGGAGAGGGAAGCCCCUGUUUGUCCGCCACAGAACAGAGAAGGAGAUCGAGACUGAGGCUGGCGUCAAUCUCGCUGAGCUUCGGGACCCUCAGCACGACAAAGACCGUGUUGUGAACCCGUCCUGGGUUAUCGUCAUUGGUGUCUGCACCCAUCUGGGCUGUGUGCCUAUUGCUAAUGCCGGUGAAUUCGGCGGUUAUUACUGCCCGUGCCACGGCUCUCAUUAUGAUGCAUCUGGUCGCAUCAGGAAAGGCCCUGCUCCGCUCAAUCUGGAGGUGCCCUACUAUGAGUUCCCAGAUGACGACACAGUGGUUGUAGGAUAAAGGACUGUACUACAUUAACUAUGAUCCACACAGACCGUGUGCUUUGCGUGUUUGAUUUUUGUUCAUCUUGUUUCAGACACACUAUCUGCAUUGACUCGAUGGGUAACAAAGGUUAAUUGUAAGUAAUAAAAUGUAUUUUAUCUGAUGGAAUCUUCACUCAGCUCUAUUUAUUCAGACUCGAUAUACAAAUUGUUUAACGGAGUCACUUGGGUUGUCUAAUUUUAUGCAUUGCAGGUUUUUCAGAUAAGGAACAAAUUAGAUCUGUAGGAUAUAAUUGUUAAAGUGAUGUUGGCAAAAACAACAAAGUCAGGUGGGUGAUGUGUGCAGGGAGUAGGUGGAAAACAAAGUGCAGUUUACCAUACAUAAUCAAUGAAAUAGCUUUUGCACCAAUAUUUUGUCAUUGGUAAAUGUAAUAACUGUUUGAGGCUAGGUUUCAGAUGAAACCAUUAAAAAGAGUGAAAUAUGGACACGUUGAGUGUUCUGUUCCUGAUUGUCUGUGGGUAAACCACUUUAGUAAAGCUGAAAAAAAUA